CAGCAUCGGGCAUUGAUGGCUAAUUCAUGAGUUCACAAAGGGGAGUGACGCAGAUAUUAUAGAUGCCACACAUUUCUAUUAAAUCUACAGGAAUUCAAAUGUCUAAUUUCUUAUUUUACGCAAAUAAAUAGUGAUUUAAAAGAAAAACUUUCGGACUGCUCUGCUCGUGACAUGCUAACGCCGUUCAUGUUGGAGGUUGCUGCUGUCCACCGUGAGGGUUAGAUGGGAUAGCCAACACGAGAUAUGCCGCAGCCCAAAUCACGAAAAAUCGCCUUUCUCGGGUACAGAUCCGUAGAGUACCUAUUAUGUUGGUGGAAAAUAAGAACGACCUGCACAUGGAAAGGGUGAUCCGCUGUGAGGAAGUCAUACAGAGACCCCAUCUCCUACCUAACCUGUGGUGUGUCGUGUCCGAUUGGUGCGAUGUCUCUUUGUAUUCCAGGGUGAUCCGCUGUGAGGAAGGGAAGUCACUAGCAGAAUCCUGGAACGCUGCCUUCAUGGAAUCCUCAGCCAAAGAGAACCAGACGGCGGUGGAGGUGUUCAAGAGGAUGAUCGUGGAGGCGGAGAAGCUGGAAGGCGGCGUCCAACCAGGGAAGACUUCCUGCUCCUUGAUGUAGAGCUGCUGAUCAAUCAGAACAGAGAACCGAACACUGCACUAAGGAACUUGUAUGUCGGCCUUAUAUUAAAGAACAUAAAUGGUUAAAGAAAAGUGUGAUAAAUAAAAACAUAUACCAAUUUCAUUUAAGGACCAAAAAACUGACAGCUGUGCCAUAUAAAUUGCAAAAUAGUUGGGAAGAGAUUUUCGAUGUACCCAUUCCAUGGCACAUGGUUUAUGAAUUGAUACGCAAAACAACGCCGGAUUCAAAACUUCGAAUUUUUCAAUUUAAAUUAUUGUACAAAAUUCUUGCAACUAAUAGAAUGUUAUAUAUAUGGGGGAUACAAUCUUCUCAGCUCUGUAGAUUCUGCUGUGAGGAGGCAGAGUCAUUAGACCAUUUAUUUUGGUAUUGUCCGCAUGUAGCUCGUUUUUGGUCACAGGUCCAGGAAUGGUUGAAGAAUUGCAACAUUUGCGUAGAACUAACGCUACAGAUAGCAAUACUGGGUGAUUUGAAAAGCCAUAGUCAAUCAAUCAAUAAUAUAAUAAUUAUUUUAGCAAAAAUGUUUAUUUUUAAUUUACAAUCCGUGGAAGCUAUGAGAAUAGGAAGAUUCAAAUAUUUUGUGAAGCAUCACAGCACAGUUGAAAAAUAUAUGGCAAAUAAAAAUCCGAAAUGGAUGAUGUUGGAAGAUAGAUGGGAAAGGUUGAGUGGAGCUGAAGGGUGGACUAAUAACAAGAUAAACAAUGUAGGGCAUACGGGAUCUGUGAAAUGUGUAUAGGUGCGGAGCUAUUGUGAAAUAGCACAGUUACAAGUGGAAAUCAAACUGGAUGGACAGCAGAAAUAGAGGAAGGACUAAGAACAAACAAGAGAGAACUAUUAUAAAGUAGACUGUGUCUGUAAAAUGUGUAUAAGAUGUAUAAAUUGAAGGUAAAAACAGAAAUGUUUAUCAGUUUACUCCAAUUGGGGGAUCGGUGGUAGGGUUUGCAGGGAAUAAUAAUAAAGGUAUACUCUUUAAAAAAAGUAUGUAUGUCUAUGUAGGUAUGUGUAUGUAUAUAUGUGUAUAUGUAUGCAUACGUGAAUGGAUAUAUUUACCAAAAACAAUAUGGGGGAUUGGAAAUGAUGCAGACGAUUACAUUGGAAGCAACAUUCUUUCCGCAAUAUUAAGCUGAUCCACCCCCCCUAAGAAAAAAAUAAGAAAAAACACUGAACUGGGAUAUCCCGUUACUUGAAGGGUUCCUGCCAGUACAACUACUACUCUUCAGCUCUCUUCAGCUGUCUUCAACAGUCUUCAACUGUCAACUCACCAACAGUUUAUUUUUCAGUAUUUCUGUUUCUCUGUUUGUCAUGAAAGGGUGAGUGGCUGUCAUGCUGUACAUUUCCCACAAUCCACUUCUCAUCUGUUCUGUGCUCAGCCCUGAUGCGAAACUGAGAGCCACGUCCAGAAAUAACCCCUAGACCCUACACCCUUACCCCCCUAGUCACUUCUCUUAGCCCCUAGUAUCCAGGGGGUAGGGUUUAGGGGCUGUUUCUGUAGCCUUGUUUGACCAUCCUGAUCUUGCAAAAGUCCAGCGGUCAGGAUGGUAGAUCAGACUCCUGUUUCUCAUAAAGAUGUAUCAGAAUACUAUGUCUGGCUUCUCACAUGGUGCUGCACAGGUGUCCAUGCUGGCUUUAUGGCGGAAGGGUGACUAUGGAAGAUCAGAGAUAUAUUCAACCUCCUCAUAUUAGAGAUAAUAUGAAGACAAAACAUUCCCUUCUAUUGAAUUGUGUUUUUUAAUAUUUUUUAUUUAAUGGAUGAUUGUUUUCUCUUCGCGUAACGCUAACCAUGGAAUUAGUCCACUGUGCCACCAGGAUGGAGCUAACAUGCAAUGUUAUUUUUACGCAUACUAGACUGUUCAUUUUAGUGUAUUCAAACAGACCCCGUUUCAAAUGUAAACAGACACUCAUUAUGAUCAGGUGUGGUUAAUUAGUGGGCGUGGACUACACACCUGUCCACACUUAACAAGAUACAGGAUAGAGAGAGUUGUGUUGACGCAGAGAACGGGAAUUUAUGUUUUUAAAUAACAUUCUUAGAACAUUCUCUGAACGUUACUAAAGUUUUCUGUGGUUUUUAUGGAACUUUCGGGAACAAUUUGAGAACAUGAUUUUAAAUAAAACCAACGAGGACACCUGUAACGAGGACACCUGUAACGAGGACACCUGUAACGAGGACACCUGUAACGAGGACACCUGUAACGAGGACACCUGUAACGAGGACACCUGUAACGAGGACACCUGUAACGAGGACACCUGUAACGAGGACACCUGUAACGAGGACACCUGUAACGAGGACACCUGUAACGAGGACACCUGUAACGAGGACACCUGUAACGAGGACACCUGUAACGAGGACACCUGUAACGAGGACACCUGUAACGAGGACACCUGUAACGAGGACACCUGUAACGAGGACACCUGUAACGAGGACACCUGUAACGAGGACACCUGUAACGAGGACACCUGUAACGAGGACACCUGUAACGAGGACACCUGUAGGAAACGUUAUACUGAAGUUCCCACAGAAGAAAGUUGUUUCUUAACCUCUGAACUAUUUUAAAAUGUCAAACCAGUUGGAGAAAGUUUCUAGAACAUUACCAAAAUUGAAAUGAGAUGUAAAUCAUGUUUGACAUUUUAGGAAACGUUCUGUUAAAGUAAUGAAAUACCAAGAAAAUGUCAUUUUUCGAAGUUCCAUAAUUGUGCUGAGAAUGUUCCAUAGCCAAUCAACUACCCUGCACUAUUCCCAGAACGUUGUGGGAAGUGUUGUAUGCAAAAUAACCAUAGGACAACCACACUCUCACCAAGCACUAAGAAACGUUCUCAGAACGUUGUGUGCUAGCUGGGCUCUGUUAUUGUUGUCAUUGUCAAUCCGUACAUCACUAAAACUAAUAGGAAAUCUUCCAAUAAACUUCAGGGAGAAACCUAACUUCCUUAAGUCAAAUGUUCACCUUGUCUCCCAUUGACAUCAAUGCAUGAAUAAGUGAAUGUUCAAUUUAUGUGGAAGUUAAUAGUUGCUCUUUAGUCAUUUCUGAUGCAUUAGUAUCUGUUCCUCUGUCCCUCUAAUACACAGCUCUUUGUCUACUUCAUUCCCCCCCCAUCGUUGUCAGUCGGAUGUGUUUCUCCCCCCUCCCCCCCCCAUCGUUGUCAGUCAGAUGUGUUUCUCCCCCCCCCAUCGUUGU